AAGGUGUUGCAGUGUGGCAAUCACAAACUUCCUGGCUGCUGACCUUUGACUGACACAUGUGAACCAUGUUCUCUGCUUGUCACUUUCAGCCAAUGACACUGAAGGGGAGGAGUUUAAUCCUAGUUUAUCAGAGUUAAAUUGACUGGGCAAAUUAAAGUUUCAGCACCUGCAGUUAGAGUGAAGACAACCUGUGAAGAUGUCAAGCACAGCAGAAGACAUAUGUGGAGGAAGUGUUGUUAAAGACAGCAAAACAGCAACAGACAGGGCAGCAUGCACGGAGAACCUAACAGAGACUGUCGCCUUCAGCAGAAGCUCUUUAGCUUUGGAUCCUGCAGAGGAGUACAAGAUGGACAACAGACGACGAGGCCUUGCACUCAUCUUUAACCAGGAGCACUUCCUAUACUAUAAAGAAAGGCGUGGAACCAAGGCUGACCGAGACAACUUGGAGAAAAGACUGAUGGAGCUAAACUUUGAAGUGAAGACUUACAAUGACUUAAGACAGGUGAAAGUGUUAGGUAGACUCAAGGAAGCCGCAGAAGCCGACCAUUCAGAUGCAGACUGCUUUUUGCUUGUUUUCCUGAGCCAUGGAGAGAAAGAUCACAUUAAGACCUACGAUGACAAGAUCAGCAUUGAGAAUAUCACAUCCCCGUUCAAAGAAGACAAGUGCAGGAGCCUCGUAGGAAAGCCAAAGAUCUUUAUAUUUCAGGCAUGCCGUGGUCAAAUGUAUGAUGAUCCAGUUACUGCCUGUGGUGCAGGGGAUAGUGUGUUGGAGACAAACGAGGAGGUGGUGGAAGCCGGCAGUGUACACACUCUCCCUGCUGGGGCUGAUUUCAUCAUGUGCUACUCUGUGGCUGAAGGUUACUUUUCCCUCCGGGACGCGAUCAAAGGUUCCUGGUAUAUUCAGGAUCUGUGUGAGCUGCUUCAGGAGUAUGGGAACUCCCUUGAAUUCGCAGAAUUACUGAUGCUGGUCAACAGGAAAGUGUCGAUGAGGAGUGUCGAGAAAAGUAGAGACAGGAAUGCCAUUGGGAAGAAGCAAGUACCUUGCUUUGCUUCAAUGCUCACCAAGAAACUUUACUUCCGACCAAAGAAGUAACAGUUUCCAAGUUCAGUCAUAAAAUGAGCUGGAUUUAUAUUACUCCUGAUAUUCACACAUGCAUUGAACAAUCAGCUAUUGGCAGUCUUAGUUUUUACAUUGAAAACAAUAGUAAUAGAAUAACAGGAUUAACUUGUGUUACAUUUACAUUUUAUAAAUUUAACAAAUUAAUUUCUGCUGUGGUUCAUGCCAGGAAAGUUACAGAGCUUGCUUGUGCAAUAAGUUAGUGUAGAAAUGGUUGUAAUACACAGUAUGACCU